AUGGAAGACUGUUGCGCGGUCUGCGCGGAGCCGUUGGAGUGGGUAGCGAUAGGCCCGUGCGGGCAUCGCGACGUGUGCUCCAUGUGCGUCGCGCGCCUGCGAGUCGUAAUGAACGACCAGCGCUGCUGCAUCUGCAAGCAGUCCUCGCUCGCCGUUGUCGUCACCAAGGCUCUGGGCGACUACACGCGAACGUCGUUCGAUUUCGCAGCGCUGCCGUCGCUCGUCGCCACGCCCGGGCGACCCGGGGCAGGCGAGUACUGGUACGACAGCGCCAUGGGCGCUUACUUCGACGACGAGUCGCACUUCAAGACAAUGCGCGCAAUGACGCGCCUCACCUGCUCCAUCUGCGCCAAAUCCCCGCCGGCCGCCGCCUCCGGCUCCGCCGCCGCCGCCGGCGCCGCGGGCGGAGCGAAUCCGCCGUUCGCGGGGACGGGGGCGGCGCCGCCGGGGCUGGCGUUCCGCAGCUUGAGCGCGCUGAAGGACCAUCUGGGGCGCGCGCACGCCGUUAGGAUGUGCGAGCUUUGCCUGGAAGGGCGGAAGGUCUUUCUAUCGGAGCAGCGCCUGUACACGCGGCAGCAGGUGGAGCGGCACGAGGCGCGCGGAGAUCCCGAGGUGGACGGCAGCAGCGAGGAGGCGCGCGGCGGGUUCAAGGGGCACCCGCGCUGCGACUUCUGCGCGCGGCGCUUCUACGGAGACAACGAGCUGUUUCACCACAUGUCCACGGAGCAUUUCACAUGCCACAUUUGCCAGCGCAACAACCCUGGCAAAUACGAGUAUUUCCGCUCCUAUGAUCAUCUGGAGAACCACUUCCGCGCAGACCACCACGUGUGCGAGGACAGGGAGUGUCUGGAAAAGAAGUUUGUGGUGUUUGCAUCGGAGAUGGAGCUAAAGCAACACAUCGCGCAGCAGCACGCGGGCAAUAUGAAGCGCGCCGAGCGCAACCGGGCACUGCAGAUCCCCCCUUCCCAGUUUUUCAACUUCCCCUCAUUACGCGCAGAGGGUGGCAGGGGGAGAGGCAGGGGGGGGCGACAGGGGUACGAGGGCGGGGGAGGGGGACGAGGAGGGGGACGCGGAGGGGGGUUCGGGGGCGGGAUGGGGGGGAUGGGGGCGGGUGUGAGUGAAGCAGCAGUGCUAGCAGCAAGUAUAGAGUCGGCUCAAUUGGAACGGGCUUUAAGGGAAUCUGCUGCUAUAGCAGGAACAGGAGAGUCUGCUGCAUCUGCUGCUGGUGGUGGUCGGGAGGGGGAAGGGUCUUUUCAGCACAAGCAGCAGCAGCAGCAGCAGCAGCAGCAGCAGCAGCAGCAGCAGUCACGGAGAAGGGGAGGCGGGCCUAGUGGUGGCGCGUUUCCAAAGCUAGGGGAGGAGAGAGUGGUUAAGGAUAGCUGGGAAGAGGAAUACGAGGACAAGAAGCAGCAGCAGGACGAGAAAAUGCCCUCCCAGCCGCCACCACAGCAGCAGCAGCAGCUGCCGCCGCAGCAGCAGAGCAGCAAAGAAAGCCGGCUGAAGCAACGGGUCGGGGACAUUAGCAGUGAGGAAAAAGAAGCGCUUCGUGCAGCAAACAAGGCUCUGAUAGAGGAUAUCAAAUCCGGGCUGGGCGGCACGGGAAACAGCAGCGCUGGGUUUGAAGAUUUCAAGGAUAAAUCCGCGAAAUGGCGGGCUGGGGAGAUGCUGACUGUGGUGUAUUAUGCGCAUGUGUGCCGGCUGGGUUUGUCCCAUCUGGUGCCGCGGCUGGCGAUGCUUUGUCCGGAUGUGGUCAAGCGAGAGGAGCUUCAGAAGGUGCAUGCUGCUAGGCAGGCAGCAACUGGGGGGGCUUCAAGGGCAAGUGCUUCAAAUGCCUCUGGUGCUUCUGAUUCCGCUCAUGCCUCGUCGCAAAGCGCGUCGUUGAUAAAAGCAGACGCUGGGCGUGGGAGCGGAGGGGAUGGAGGAGGGAAAAGAGACGGGGAUAUGGCUCCCUCCCGCUUUCAAAAGCAAUCAGGGGCAGGAGGAGCAGCAGGGGGAGGAGGCGGGGGAGCAAGAGGGGGAGCAGGAGCGGUGGGAGUUGGUGGGGAGUGGUCAUGUAGUGUGUGUACGCUGAUCAACUCUGCUAAAUCGGUUCGCUGUUCUGUCUGCGGUUCUCUCCCCUCCACCGCUCCCUCUGCAUCAUCUCCUCUCGCUUCCUCCGCUGCUGUUGCCCCUCCUCAACCCACUCCCCCUCGACGCAUCAGCAGCACCACCAGCAUUGCAACCAGCGCAGCGGAAGCAGGUGCUGGAGCAGGGGAGGGGGGCAGCGCAGGGGGAGCGGGACGGGGCAAGGGGAAAGGGCGGAAGAACAAGGGGGUGACGGUGCGACUGGGUGACGGGUCCGCUGCUGCAUUGUUUGCUCGCCUGGAUGGGACAGAACCUCAGGGCAGUCCCAAUUCUUGGGCUGACGCCGCUGGUCGACGCUAG